ACCACCGAGUCUGCCAAACUGGAACGACUUUUCGGAGACGAAGCGCGAGCUGUAAACGAUCCGUUUGUACGACGAGGUAUUCUACAAAGCAUCGGAUUCAAAGAAUUUGCGGAUUAUCUUGCAUUACCAGCCGCAUCCGAACGAGCAUCCCCCGUUGGUCAACAGCUCCUCAGUUCAGCAAUCGAUCGUGUGAAAAUAGCUACCAGACAGUACGCUCGUCGUCAAGUACGUGUCCAUUGCCCUCCCUUUUUUCAAGCGAUUAGCCAAACACUGGGCUACUGUAAUUUCGAUGACUACAUCGGGGCAAGAUAA